AUGGAAACACUUGGAUUUUCCAAAGAAUGAUGAUACUGAACCUCUGCCAUCGGGCUGGGAAGCCAGAUGGCACCCAAAGAAAAAAGUAUACUAUUUCGUGGACCAUAAAACUCGACAAACAACAUGGAAUGACCCAAGACUGAAAUCUCAGCCAAAGAAUGAUGAUAGAGAACCUCUGCCACCGGGCUGGGAAGCCAGAUGGGAACCAAAGAAAAAAACAUACUAUUUCAUUGACCAUAAAACUCAACAAACUACAUGGGAUGAUCCAAGGUUGAAUUCUCAGCUAAACAAGCUCAAUACUGGCGUAAACGGAGACAACAUGGAGGCUCUUCAAGCCAAGGAGGAAUCUAAAAACCUCAAGAGCGGACUCGUCGAUCUCGGACCUCGUGAUGCUGAACGCGAGGCUGAGAAAACGAGUUUCAUGGUGCCAGUUUUAGUGGCAGCCAUUGACUUUGGUACAACUUUCUCAGGAUAUGCAUUCUCAUUUCGUCACGAAUUUGAUCAAGAUCCAUUGAAAAUAAACUCCUGUAACUGGAUUGCUGGGAAUCAGGCCUUAGUUUCACAUAAAACACCAUCAGCGGUUCUGUUAAAGCCGGACAAAACCUUCCAUUCUUUUGGAUACGAGGCAGAAAACAAAUACGCAUCACUUGCAGAAGACAAUGAGCAUGAGGGAUGGCUGUAUUUCAAACGCUUCAAGAUGACUCUCCAUAAGAAUAAAAGUCUAGGACGAUCCACCACAAUAAAGGAUAUAAACGGAAAGGAAAUGCCUGCGAUGACUGUAUUUACGAUGGCCAUAAAGUACCUAAAAGAGCACCUGAUGAAAACUUUGACAACCCGAGUGGACACUUUUACUGAGGACCUCAUUCGAUGGGUACUUACUGUUCCAGCCAUUUGGGAUGAAGGUGCAAAACAAUUCAUGAUGGAGGCGGCAGUAGACGCUGGUAUUGAAAGGAAACAGUUGAUUUUAGCCUUGGAGCCAGAAGCGGCCUCCAUUUACUGCAAUCAUGUUCCUAUAGGAGUUAUGUCAGUCAAUAAAGGAAAGACUGAAUCGUACAAGUUCAGACCAGGGACGCGGUAUAUGGUACUUGAUUUGGGAGGAGGUACUGCCGACAUUACAGUUCAUGAGGUACAGGGGAACCAGAACCUGCGCGAAGUCCACCAUGCCACCGGCGGAGCGUGGGGUGGAACAAAAGUGGAUGACGCCUUCUACCAAUUUUUGGUCAAACUCUUUGGAAAUGAUGUUUUGACAACUUUAAAGAAUGAUAACAUGGAUGAUUAUAUUUCACUUUUCCGCGAUUUUGAGACUAUGAAACGUACAGUCAAACCAGACUUAGAAGACAAGGUGACCAUAACACUCCCACUGCGUCUGCUUGAGAUAUUUGAGGAAGAAACAGGAGAAACUUUGGCAGAGACACUUCCACAGACGAGAUACGCUAAGAAAGUAAUAUUUAAGGCCGGAAAACUGCGAGUACAUCCAGAAAUCUUCAAAGAUUUUUUCCGAGAUACUCUGCAAGGAAUAAUUCAACAUAUAACAGAGAUUAUGAGCUCGUUUGAAGAUUCUGUGUCAAAAAUUCUCCUUGUUGGUGGGUUUUCCGAAUCGCCAAUGGUUUUAAAAGCAAUAAAAGAAUUAUUCCCUGACAAGAAGGUUAUAGCACCAGCUGAUCCAGGACUAGCAGUCUUAAAAGGGGCUGUAUUGUUUGGUCAUACGCCAAACGUCAUUUCUUCAAGAAUCAGUCGCUAUUCUAUUGGAUUUGAAGUUAACGUGCCCUUCAUUGAAGGCUUACAUCCAAAAGAUUACAAAAUUAAAAGACCAGCAGACGGAAAAACCAUGUCUCAGCAUAUUUUUGAAGCAUUAGUGCAGAAAGGAGAAGAGGUUCCCAUUGGUCAUAAAAUCGAAAAUACGUACACACCGAGUGAAGAAGAUGCAGUAACUGGGAUAGGAAUUUACCAGUCAACUUCACAAAAUCCCACAUAUACCACCGAGAAAAACUGUACUAAAGUAGGCACCAUAAAACUACGUCGACCAAAUGGUGGAUGGUCCGAGGAUUCUUUGAUCCAUGCCGUAGUUGAGUUCGGGGGCACUCAGUUCGACGUUGCUUUGACAGAUGAUUGUCUUGAUGAAACAUACAGACACUCAUACGAUUUCCUUCGAAAUUAAUUUCAAAAAUAGAAUUGGUCAAAUGCCUUGGUGAUGAUAUAUAUAAUUUUUUGAAUAUGACAUAAAUUGCUCAAAGAUCCUAA